AAUAAACAAUUGGGAUUGCCAUAUUGUCAUUUGGUGAUUUUUGGAGGUCCACACUUUGCCUUUUACUACUACUGGUACAAAUGAAAUGUAAAACCAACCAACCAUCCAUCUUAAUAAGCAGUUGGCCCCAAUUGGGGAAAUUAGGCUACUUACUAAAGGCAACGGCCAUCUUUUUGCUCUAUUAUAUAAACCAACCAUCCUAUUUAUUUGAAACUACAACAUAACAUCAAAUCUUGCCUCCUCCCCAAUAUUCUUUCUUUCUUUCUUCCUCACAGAGCAGUAUAAAUCUCUCUCUCUCUAUACAUAUACACAUACAUAGCUAGUGAAGAAGGCACAGAAGAAGAAAACAAAAAGAAAGAGAAACGGAGAGAGGAAGAUCAUGCCUUGUCUUUACAUCUCUACUAAUGUUAAUCUUGACGGUGUUGACACCGAUCCUAUCUUCUCAGAGGCCACGAAAGCUGUUGCUACCAUCAUCGGCAAACCUGAACAUUUUGUGAUGGUGAUACUUAAGGGGUCAGUGGGCAUAUCAUUCAAUGGAAACAAAGAACCAGCUGCAUAUGCAGAAGUUGUGUCGAUGGGUGGGAUUAACAGAGAAGUGAAAAGAAAUCUCAUUUCUACCUUAGGCACUGUUCUUGAGAACAGGUUAUCUAUUCCACGAGCUCGCUUCUUCCUCAAAGUUUAUGACACCACAGCUGGUCAAAACAACACCUCCAAAUCCAAAUUAUAAUUAAUCUCUCUGACUGUAUCCAUUUUUAGUUAUUCUAAUUUUCAAUGGCUUUCAGUUUCUGCUUA